AUGCACUUCUCAGCCAACCGCAUCGACAAUAUCCUCAAAUUGCGCAAGAAGGAAGGUGAUCCAUAUGACAUGGUAUGGACUGAGAUGUAUCGACUCGCCCAUCCCGACGCCAUUCAUAUACCAGCCCCAUACAUCCCGACAUUCAAUCAGGCUCUGGCCGUUGUGCGUAACCCCACGGAGAGUUUCAUGAAGAGAUUGGUCCUUGACUUUGCUAGCCAAGGCGGAACAAGUCAGGAGGAAGCGACCAAGAACGUGCGUGCCUUUUACAAGUACCUGCCAGUCUUCUAUGAUACCCUUAGCAGAAUUGGCCCACAUCCUGCCAAAAACAUUGUGGCUCAGGCAGCCAGCCUUGAGAGCCUCCCAAGUACUUCCGCAUCAACAGCCCAUGAGGGCCCACUUCAGCUUCCAACACCUGCUGCAGAUUGUGUUCCUACCCACGCGUUUACACCGGAUCCAGAAGGCCUUUUAACAGAUAAAUGGAGGGUGGGUGAGACAUCAACGGACGAACAGGAGCAUAUGAAUUUCUUAGAGAAAGAAUGCGAUGGCUAUUUUACUUAG